AUGACGGGUGCGCUUUCAGUUUCUCGAGUGGACGAACGUACACCUCUUCUUCAGGCAAAGCGCGAUGACACGUCGGUCUCAGUGUCUCAAUCGGAUGCGACCCCCCACACGCUCGCGACCCUGCCGAAUGGACACGACAUCAUUACCAGCAGUAGCAACACCUCACGUCCUCUAGGUGUCAACCUCCCCCACUGCCAAAAGGUCGUCAUCCUCGUCGGCACCUUCCUCGCCACCUUCCUCGGCUCCCUCGACGCAACCGUCACCGCCUCUCUCAUGCAACCGAUUUCGUCAACCUUCAACAAAUCGCAAGAAGCGUCUUGGCUAGGAACAUCCUACCUCCUCGCUUCUCUCACCUUCACUCCCAUGUACGGCCGCCUUUCGGAAAUUCUUGGCAGACGGAUCGCCAACACUUCGGCGAUUGGGAUUUUCACUCUGGGGACGAUGGGAUGCGCUAUGGCGAGGAGUAUGAAGGAAUUGAUUUGGGCGAGGUUCGUGGCGGGGUGUGGUGGGGGCGGUAUGAUGACGACUUCGGCGAUUGUGGUGUCGGAUUUGUUUGAGCUUAAAGAGAGGAUGUUCGUGACGGGGAUUUCGAGUCUGGUUUGGGCGGUGAGUGAGGGACGGAAUCUCCCUUUCGGUCCGGAGCUGAUGAGACCGGAGAGGGGCUUCAUUCUCCUUUCAGGUCGGUGGCGCUUUGGGCGGUCCGUUGGGUGGCUUCAUGAAUGAUCUGUUCGGCUGGAGAACCGCGUUCAUGGGACAAGGUAAGGGCUCUUCUACUCACGUGAAACAAUGACUCUAGGGAGUUACCCUCCGAGUACGAAAAGCUGACAGGACCCAUCAUCAAAUUCCAUAGUUCCUCUCCUCAUCCUUGCCCUCCUCAGCGGUCUCCACAACCUCAACUACACGACCCCUUGCACGCGCGUUGGGACGAAUCGUGAGAAACUCGCUCGGAUCGAUUGGCUCGGCUGCGCAAGCUUGUUCCUCACCUUUGGAAGUCUGCUCCUUUCCCUCGCACUACACAACAACGAGCUUAUACCCUGGUCGGAUACGCGAGUUCUGGUCCCGACUUGUCUCACACCAGUCUUCAUGCUCCUCUUCGUCUACAUUGAAGCGCGCAUCGCAACCGAACCCCUCCUUCCUCUCAAUCUCCUCCGCCAACGCACGCCUCUAGCAGGUCUAGGUGUCAUCAUGCUGCAAGCCGUCACCAACUGGACACUAUUAUACCAUCUCCCCAUCUACUUCCUCGCCGUUGAAGGGAGUACAGCUUCGUCCGCGGGUGCGCAUUUGUUACCUACCAGUGCGGCGGCGGCCUUAGGAGGUGUUUCGAGUGGGUGGAUCAUUCACAAGACCGGAAGGUAUUGGGAAGUAGGGGUGACAGCGACUAUGAUGGGAUGUGAGUGAAGAAUUCGCAUAAUAGUAGUCUCUCUCUUCUUCUUCUCCUCGACUGAUCCAUGUAUCUUGCAAACCGCUUGACCCCCUCCAGCCCUCUCGAUCCUCUCCAUCGUUUUCCUCCACCCCGCCUCCCCUGCAUGGGUAAAAUGGCUCCAAAUACUACCUUUCGGUUUCGCACUUUCCACCUCCAUCACCACCUCCUUAGCAGCCAUUAUGGCUUCCGUCCCCCAAUCCACUAUCCCAACCGUCACAGGCGCGAUAUGGCUCUUCCGUUCGUCAGGUCAAGUCAUCGGCGUCGGGGGCGCUUCAGCAGUCUUCCAAGCUCUACUCGUCCCUGCGUUGAAGAAACGCAUCACAGGACCAGGUGCCGAAGAACUGAUCAAGAGGAUCAGAGAAGAUUCGUCAAUCUUGGAUAUGUUGGAACCGGGGUUGAGGGAGAGAGCGAGGGAGGCUUUUGGAGUGGCGGUUAGGGGCGCUUUUACGGUCGCUUUUGUUGGAUCGGUGAUGACGGUUUGUAGUUAUGCUUGCGUGAGUGAUUGAGGGUUGGCGUGUCGGACUCUCCAGGAUCAGAGGCUGAUGAUGCGUUCCUGAGGGGACUUGUUCUCAGAUCGAAGUGCUUUCCCUCGAAACGAAGAAGGAAGGGGCCGCCGUCGCGGCUACACCUCCGGGGCAAAGGGUUGUGAACGACGCGGAGAACGGUGAACGAGAGCCGUUGCUAGCGCACAUAGAAUGA